AUGCAGAGCGCCGGGCUCACCCUCGCAAGCCAUGGGAAGUCGCCAGCGCUGGCUUGGCGGUCGGCGGCGUAUCUGCGAAGGGUGGCCUCGCUGAGCGUCACCACGCCGAAGCCCACGGAUUGGCUGGGCGAGCUGCCGCCGGAGCUGCACCUCCGCAUCCUCGAGGGCGUCGACGACUUCUCCGACUGCGCCGCCUUCAGCAUCGCGUCGCCGCGCCUCGGCCUCCUCGCCCUACGCAGCGGCCUGGCGCGCUUCAAGGACCCUCUCUUCGCCGUGGCGAUGCGGCUGCUGCUCAGAGCGCGAAAUUUCAGCUGA